AUGUGGUUUUGCAAUACGUUAUUCAGAUUACUUUCAUCAUCAUCAAUUUAUUCGAAUAACAGCUCGAGACUAAAUCGAACACUAAAAAAAUUGUCAAAGAUGGCUCAACAGACAGCUGAUCAAUCGAAUCUCAUUACAAUAGAUGGAUCCUAUUUAGAAGGGGGUGGUCAAAUUCUUCGUAAUUCGACAGCAUUGAGUGUUCUACUCGAUAUUCCUAUUCGAGUUGAAAAAAUUCGUGCUGGUCGAGCGCAAGGUGGUCUACGACCUCAACACCUUACUGGUAUACAAUUGUUAGCUCAAUUGUCUGAAGCUAAACUUCACAAUGGGAAUAUCGGUGCGACUGAAAUAUAUUUCACGCCAAAAACUAUCAAAGGCGGCAAUUAUUUAGCUGAUACAAAAACAGCUGGAAGUGUCUGUCUAAUGAUGCAAACUGCAAUUCCAUGUUUAUUGUUUGCUAAUGGUUCAUCUCAUUUAAGAUUACUCGGAGGAACAAACGCAGACUUUGCACCAGAAAUAGAUUAUUAUUCGAUGGUUUUCCAACCAAUUGCCAAACGGUUCAAUUUCGGUUUCGAUAUGAAUUUAGUUCGUCGAGGUUAUUAUCCAAGAGGUGGUGGCGAAGUUCGCAUCACUGUGAAUCCCGUUGAUCAACUAGUAGCUGCUGAUUUAACAGAUUUUGGGCAGAUUAAACGAUUUUUUGGUCGAGCUUUCGUUUCCGGAACGUUACCUAAACGAAUUGCUCAUGAAAUGGCUGAAGUUGCUAAAAACUUGAUACAUAAGCAAUAUUCCAACGAGAUUGCUGUAGAAAUUGAAGUUGUCAAGGAGCCUGAUAAUAUGGCUACCGGAUCGGCAACUGGUAUCAUAGUUGGAGCUGAAACGACAACAGGUUGUAUACUCGCAGCAAGUGCCUUGGGUAAACGAGAAGUACCAGCACAUGAAGUUGGUACACAAGCAGCACAAGACUUGUUAGAAGAUUUAUCAUCUCAAGCAUGUGUAGAUCGACAUUUACAGGAUCAAUUGAUUAUUAUUAUGGCCUUGGCAAAUGGUCAUUCGAAAAUUCGUUCUGGUCCAUUAACAGACCAUACGAAAACAGCGAUUGCUGUUGCUGAACUAUUAACUAAAACUAAAUUUACAGUUACCGAAGUAUCAAAUUCAGCAACAACGAACACACAUAAUUCUGCGUUUAUCAUUGAGUGUGAUGGGAUAGGACAUCGGCGAAUAGUAUAA